CUGGAAGGAAGUCGCUGUGUUUUUUUUUCCCCCCUCUCUCUGCCUUGGUUACGACUUGCUGGCCAGUAGUUGACCAAGCUGGACCGUCGGACGGGGACGGGCCCGGAAGGAGGCCCAGGACUAUAAAAGAAGUCCGGGAAAGCACGAGAAACGGGAAGCUUGUGACAGAAGACGGAGGUCUUGCAGCUGGACUCUCAGAGCCAGAUUUUGAGAGCCUGAAGAUUCCUUCUCAGGGAAGAAAUGCCUAAAGUCAAAAGAAGCAGAAAAGCACCCCCAGAUGGCUGGGAGUUGAUUGAACCAACUCUGGACGAGUUAGAUCAGAAGAUGAGAGAAGCUGAAACAGAGCCUCAUGAGGGAAAGAGGAAGGUGGAGUCCCUCUGGCCCAUCUUCAGGAUCCACCACCAGAAAACCCGCUACAUUUUUGACCUCUUCUAUAAGCGGAAAGCCAUUAGCAGAGAGCUGUACGAGUACUGCAUCAAAGAAGGCUAUGCGGACAAGAACCUCAUUGCCAAAUGGAAGAAGCAGGGCUAUGAGAACCUUUGCUGCCUACGCUGCAUCCAGACCCGUGACACCAACUUUGGCACCAACUGCAUUUGCCGUGUCCCCAAAAGCAAGCUGGAAGUGGGCCGGAUCAUCGAAUGCACGCACUGUGGCUGCCGUGGCUGCUCUGGUUGAGAACAAACACCCCUCACCCCCCCAAUCUUCCUGGACUUUGGACUUAGCCGAUUUUGCUGGUUGUACCCCCUUCAGUGCUCAGCGCUUCUCCCAGAGCAGGGGCCCAGGCUGCUACUGGGGAGGCAUCAACAUCUUCCAUGUGAUUUGUGGGAAUAAACCUGAUACCUCCCAGCUGUGUGUGUUCUUUUUGGGGGCAGUG